AAAGGUUCUGAGUGUGUGAUUAGUCUCAGCUGUGCAGCUCUCUGGGUGCAAAAGCAGUCCUGACAUCCUGAUCAGCUCAAAUGGUGGAUGAUCAUGGAUGACUUGGCACUGGAACGUUAUUUUGACGAUUCUAUUGCAAAUGAGUCCAGUUAUAUUGGGGAAGAAGAACUUGGUCUCCAGAGCCCCCAAAAACAGCCCCAUGCUUCAAGCUCUAAAGCACAGAAUUCCUCACAACUAUCUAAUGGAACAAGUGGCAAGCUGGGUGAUGAUCUGGACCUCAGCUUCCUGCCUGAUGACCUCAACAAUCAAAGCUCCAGCAGUACAGCUGCAGCAGCCACGAAUCAGAACGCAGCACCUGACGCUUUGGAUGACAGUGGCAUAUGUCUGGAUAACAGCUUGCCAGAUUCAGGUGCAACGGAACUUCGGCAGGGUACAGUCGAUUUGGGGCAGGAGAGCAGAGCUUCCCCAUUCUGUCCGAUGACCCCAAUGACCCCCAUGACUCCAAUGACCCCUGUGACAGAGAAAUCAGGAAUCAUCCCGCAGUUGCAAAAUAUAGUCUCCACAAUAAAUCUGGGCUGUCCCCUGGAUCUAAAGUUCAUUGCCCUGCAAGCUAGAAAUGCAGAGUACAAUCCAAAGCGCUUUGCAGCUGUAAUCAUGAGGAUCCGUGAGCCUCGAACAACAGCGCUGAUCUUCAGCUCAGGGAAAAUGGUCUGCACAGGAGCUAAGAGUGAGGAGCAGUCCCGCCUAGCAGCACGGAAAUACGCCCGAGUGGUGCAGAAACUCGGCUUCCCUGCUCGCUUUCUCGACUUUAAGAUUCAGAAUAUGGUGGCCAGCUGUGACGUCUGCUUCCCCAUCAGGCUGGAAGGACUGGUUCUCACUCACCAACAGUUCAGCAGCUAUGAGCCGGAGUUAUUCCCAGGACUCAUCUACCGGAUGGUGAAACCCCGUAUCGUCCUGCUCAUCUUUGUAUCUGGGAAGGUGGUUCUGACAGGAGCUAAGGACCGUGCAGAGAUCUACGAAGCAUUUGAGAACAUUUAUCCCAUCCUGAAAGGCUUCCGAAAGCAGUGACGGCACUUUUUUGUUCUUGUGUAAAUAGGAUGGAUGUAUUUAAAGGUGUGUGUGUGUGUGUGUGUGUGUGUGUGUGUGUGUGUGUGUGUGUGUGUGUGUGUGUGUGUGUGUGUGUGUGUGUGUGUGUAUGUUGAUUUCAGUGUCGCACCAUCAUUUCACUUCACCAGAAGGAAAUUUGUUUUAGAGUUAGCUGAUCUUUCCUGAAGGAGAAUAAAUAAUUUUCUAAGUCUCAGCUUAAGUCGUUUGUUCAUGCCUGCAGUUGGAAAAAUACUACUAGUAGUAGUUGAGUUUGAUUUCAGCUUCCCCUGCCAUCUGUCAAAGGGUCCUUGGGUCUUGUUUUAGUCGAUGGCUACAUUGAGUGCAGCUGCUUAUUUGUAUAUUGAAGUAUGUUUGCACCCGUGUGUGAAUGGAUGGGUGAUUGUUGUAAAAAGCAUCCUGGUAAGGCCACAGGAGAGCCAUUACUGUUCAGUCUAUUUACCAUGAAACAGUGGUUCUCAUUUUUGUAAUAUCAGAUCACUGCAAUAAAGAACGUAACG